GCCGCAACCCUGGCGGCGGGCAGCAGCGCCGCGGCCCCCUUCCCGCACGGGGACUCGGCCCUGAACGAGCAGGAGAAGGAGCUGCAGCGGCGGCUGAAGCGCCUCUACCCGGCUGUGGACGAGCAGGAGACGCCGCUGCCGCGAUCAUGGAGCCCGAAGGACAAGUUCAGCUACAUCGGCCUCUCUCAGAACAACCUGCGGGUGCACUACAAAGGUCAUGGCAAAACCCCAAAGGAUGCAGCAUCUGUCCGCGCCACGCAUCCAAUACCAGCAGCCUGUGGGAUUUAUUAUUUUGAAGUAAAAAUUGUCAGUAAGGGAAGAGAUGGUUACAUGGGAAUUGGUCUUUCUGCUCAAGGUGUGAACAUGAAUAGACUACCAGGCUGGGAUAAACAUUCAUAUGGUUAUCAUGGGGAUGAUGGACAUUCAUUUUGUUCUUCUGGAACGGGACAACCUUAUGGACCAACUUUUACGACUGGUGAUGUCAUUGGCUGUUGUGUUAACCUUAUCAACAAUACCUGCUUCUACACCAAGAAUGGACAUAGUUUAGGUAUUGCUUUCACCGACCUACCGCCAAAUUUAUAUCCUACCGUGGGGCUCCAAACACCAGGAGAAGUCGUCGAUGCCAAUUUCGGGCAGCAUCCUUUCGUGUUUGACAUAGAAGACUAUAUGCGAGAGUGGAGAACCAAAACACAGGCACAGAUAGACCGGUUUCCUAUUGGAGAUCGGGAAGGCGAAUGGCAAACCAUGAUACAAAAAAUGGUUUCAUCUUAUUUAGUCCACCAUGGGUACUGUGCCACAGCAGAGGCCUUUGCCAGAUCUACAGACCAGACCGUUCUAGAAGAAUUAGCUUCCAUUAAGAAUAGACAAAGAAUUCAGAAAUUGGUGUUAGCAGGAAGAAUGGGAGAAGCCAUUGAAACAACACAACAGUUAUACCCAAGUUUACUUGAAAGAAAUCCUAAUCUCCUUUUCACAUUAAAAGUGCGUCAGUUUAUAGAAAUGGUGAAUGGUACCGAUAGUGAAGUGCGCUGUCUGGGAGGCCGAAGUCCAAAAUCUCAAGACAGCUACCCUGUCAGUCCUCGACCUUUCAGCAGUCCGAGCAUGAGCCCCAGCCACGGGAUGAACAUCCACAGCUUAGCCUCAGGCAAAGGGAGCGCUGCACAUUUUUCUGGUUUUGAAAGUUGUAGUAAUGGUGUAAUAUCAAAUAAAGCACAUCAGUCAUAUUGCCAUAGUAAACACCCGUCAUCCAGUUUGAACGUACCAGAACUAAACAGUAUAAACAUGUCACGGUCACAGCAAGUUAAUAACUUCACCAGCAACGAUGUAGACAUGGAAACAGAGCACUACUCCAAUGGGGUUGGAGAGACUUCAUCCAAUGGUUUCCUAAAUGGUAGCUCUAAACACGACCACGAGAUGGAAGAUUGUGACACCGAAAUGGAAGUUGAUUCGAGUCAGUUAAGACGCCAGUUGUGUGGAGGAAGUCAAGCCGCCAUAGAGAGAAUGAUUCACUUCGGCAGAGAACUACAAGCCAUGAGCGAACAGCUGAGGAGAGAAUGUGGCAAGAACACAGCAAAUAAAAAAAUGUUGAAGGAUGCAUUCAGUUUACUCGCUUAUUCAGAUCCCUGGAACAGCCCAGUUGGAAAUCAGCUUGACCCAAUUCAGAGAGAACCUGUGUGCUCAGCUCUUAACAGUGCAAUAUUAGAAACCCACAAUCUGCCAAAGCAACCUCCACUUGCCCUAGCAAUGGGACAGGCCACACAAUGUCUAGGACUGAUGGCUCGAUCAGGAAUCGGAUCCUGUGCAUUUGCCACAGUGGAAGACUACCUACAUUAGCUAUGCAUUUAAGGGGCUCACACGUAUAUUGUGGCAUAUAGUCAACACGGAAGUAGACCAGCUCUGCUGAUUUGAAAUUUAGAUUUUUUUUAAUUAUGUACUGGGGACAGGUUUUUGUCGCUUUACAUUGCUUCCUAGUUUACAGCAUGAUGCAAAUGAUUUUCUAACUUGGUGUUAGGAGAAAUUAUUUUCCAUCUUUAACCUCUUAGUUGUCUAAGAGUUAAAUAUUACUGAAUUUCAGACGUUCAAAUUGAUCAUCACAAAUCCUUUAAAAAGAAAAGAAUUACCUAAAAGAAACCAAAAAAUCCUGCCGCCUUUGGGGGAGAGGGGGGGAAGGAGACGGAACAAGUUGUGUUUGUGUUAGCAUGUGGGUGACGUAAACUUCAAAUCGGGAGAUGCUCCGACCCCCACUCCCAUGUAAGCAUUCAAUCAGUGUAACUUGCAAAACGCAUAAACAUCCGACAGUUUGAAUUUAUAGUGUUGAUGGAAGAAAUCAUUUUUAAUGUGUACUGUAAAACUUGAAAUACUCAGGAGCUGAGUGAAUAUGUUUGUUGCUACUUACAAUCCCGACCUGUUAGUCCCAGUAGUUUUGUUUUAACAUGGUCUUUUUCAACUUUGUUUCCUGUUCAACUACAGACGACUUCUGUUGUAGACUCACAGUUUAACUGUUGUAUUAUAACAGUAUUACAUGUCAACAGUGUGGUUAUGACCUUUAUUUAUAUAAAAACCAAAUAUUUAGUCAAUUUACCGUGUCUUAAUUUAAUCUUUGUACACCUUCCAUUUUUAAGUGCUUAAAUGAGUACUAUAUUGCAAUAAAAAUGUAGUGAUAUAAUUAACCAGCCAUUAAAAAUUUACUAUUACAGAUA